AUGUCUGAUAAAUUAACAAAAGCCAAUUUAAAGCGAACUACUGCUUUUAAACGAUUACAAGAAACUUACGAGUGUGGUCUUAAAGUUUCGAAUGAUGAGUCUUUAAAGCCUGAAUUUCUUGCUAGAGCCAAUGCUAUUGAUGGCACUUAUAAUGAAUUUCAAAGUAAUCAUAACACUGUUAUUUCAUUAAUCAAUGAUGAUGAAUUUUCUUCCUAUGAUGAGAUGAGAUUAAAUGCUGAUAAAGCCUUUUAUGGAGUUUUAUCACUAAAACAUGAUUUUUUGUUAAAUAACUCAUCUUCUCAAGCGGCAAACAUGUCUACUGUAGAUAAUUCUAAUUCUUCUAACCGUAGAAGUGUCGUAAACCUUCCAAAGCUUUCCUUGAUGCGUUUCGAAGGUUCUUAUAAAGAUUUUCCUACUUAUUUUGAUGUCUUUAACAGUCUAAUCCACAAUAAUCCUGACAUAUCUAAUGUUGAAAAGUUUCAGUAUCUGCUUACUUCUUUGGGUAAUGAACCCCUAGCUUUAAUCAAAGGCAUUCCUCUUACUGAGGGCAAUUAUACUGUAGCAUACGAAAAGCUGGAAAAAAGAUAUAAAAAUACACGUAUCUUAGCUAGCCACUAUUAUAAUGAAAUUUUUAAUGCUCCCUCAAUUUCAAAGGCAAAUUCUUUUGAACUAAGAAAAUUAUUAAGUGUCUUUUCAGAAAAUGUUGCUGCUCUCAGGAUUCAAAAACCAGAACCAAUUUUGAACUGGAACAUAGCCUUAGCCAGGAAUUGCCAACUUAUAGGCAGUUAA